AUGGCCCAUUUCAUGAAGCUACUCGUGACAAUUGCAUUAACAACCGCAAUCACAAUAGCCAUCAUCACCACGACCAUCAGAACCACGACCACGAAAACAUUUGCUCUCGAAGAUCCUCUUAACGACCUUACACCGCUAGAAGCGGUUAAGAUCAGACCGAGUCGGUUCUUGGCACAAAAAGUCGACGAGGGUCAGGGUCCAAAAGCCCGUAACCCAAACGCAGCUGAUCAUUGCAACAAGGAUCCCGAGAUCUGCAGAAGCAGCUAUUACAGCACCGGAGCAAACUCUACAAUGGCUUGUUGCAACAACAAAUGUAUGGACUUAUCAGCCGACGAUAAAAACUGCGGUGCGUGUAAGAACAAAUGCAAGUUCGGGCAAACCUGUUGUCGCGGUCAGUGCGUUUACGUGGCUUACGACAAACGCCAUUGCGGUGAAUGUAACCAUCGUUGCAAUGACGGCGAGUUCUGUGUCUACGGUCUUUGUAACUAUGCGUGA